CGGAGUCGCCGCCGCCCGAGCGCAGCCGAGCGCACGCCGAGCCCGAUCGCCACCGCCAUGGCCACCACGGUGACCUGCACCCGUUUCACCGACGAAUACCAGCUCUACGAGGAUAUUGGCAAGGGGGCUUUCUCUGUGGUCCGACGCUGCGUCAAGCUCUGUACCGGCCAUGAGUAUGCAGCCAAGAUCAUUAACACCAAGAAGCUGUCAGCCAGAGAUCACCAGAAACUGGAGAGAGAGGCUCGGAUCUGCCGCCUGCUGAAGCAUUCCAACAUUGUACGUCUCCACGACAGCAUCUCUGAAGAGGGCUUCCACUACCUGGUCUUCGACCUGGUCACUGGUGGGGAGCUCUUUGAAGACAUCGUGGCAAGAGAGUACUACAGCGAGGCUGAUGCCAGUCACUGUAUCCAGCAGAUCCUGGAGGCCGUUCUCCACUGUCACCAAAUGGGGGUCGUCCACAGAGACCUCAAGCCUGAGAACCUGCUCCUGGCCAGCAAAUGCAAAGGGGCCGCAGUGAAACUGGCAGACUUCGGCCUGGCCAUCGAGGUGCAGGGAGACCAGCAGGCAUGGUUUGGGUUUGCAGGGACGCCAGGCUACCUGUCCCCUGAGGUCCUUCGGAAGGAGGCAUACGGCAAACCUGUUGACAUCUGGGCGUGUGGGGUGAUCCUGUAUAUCCUGCUGGUGGGCUACCCACCUUUCUGGGAUGAGGACCAGCACAAGCUGUACCAGCAGAUCAAGGCUGGGGCCUAUGAUUUCCCAUCCCCCGAGUGGGACACCGUUACCCCUGAAGCCAAAAACCUCAUCAACCAGAUGUUGACCAUCAACCCUGCCAAGCGCAUCACGGCCCACGAGGCCCUGAAGCACCCAUGGGUCUGCCAACGCUCCACAGUGGCCUCUAUGAUGCACAGACAGGAGACUGUGGAAUGUCUGAAGAAGUUCAACGCGAGGAGGAAGCUCAAGGGAGCCAUCCUCACCACUAUGCUGGCCACACGGAAUUUCUCAGUGGGCAGACAGACCACCGCUCCGGCCACAAUGUCCACCGCGGCCUCCGGCGCCACCAUGGGGCUGGUGGAACAAGCCAAGAGUUUACUCAACAAGAAAGCAGAUGGAGUCAAGCCCCAGACAAACAGCACCAAAAACAGCUCGGCCAUCACCAGCCCCAAAGGAUCCCUCCCUCCUGCCGCCCUGGAGCCUCAAACCACCGUUAUCCAUAACCCAGUGGACGGGAUUAAGGAGUCUUCCGACAGCACCAACACAACCAUAGAGGAUGAAGAUGCCAAAGCCCCCAGGGUCCCUGAUGUCCUGAGCUUGGUGAGGAGGGGCUCAGGAGCCCCAGAAGCCGAGGGCCCCCUGUCCUGCCCAUCUCCAGUUCCCAUUAGUCCCCUUCCGGCCCCGUCCCCCAGGAUCUCUGACAUCCUGAACUCAGUGAGAAGGGGCUGUGGAACCCCAGAAGCCGAGGGACCCCUCUCAGUGGGGCCCCCACCCUGCUUGUCUCCGGGUCUCCUAGGCCCCCUGCCCACCCCAUCCCCCAGGAUUUCUGACAUCCUCAACUCAGUGAGGCGGGGCUCAGGGACCCCAGAAGCUGAGGGCCUCCCACCAGUGGGCCCCCCACCCUGCCCAUCUCCGACUCUCCCUGGCCCCUUGCCCGCCCCAUCCCGGAAACAGGAAAUUAUCAAGACCACAGAGCAGCUCAUUGAGGCCGUCAACAAUGGCGACUUUGAGGCCUAUGCGAAAAUCUGUGACCCAGGCCUGACCUCAUUUGAGCCUGAAGCUCUGGGCAACCUGGUCGAAGGGAUGGAUUUCCACAGAUUCUACUUCGAGAACCUGCUGGCCAAGAACAGCAAGCCGAUCCACACCACCAUCCUGAACCCACACGUGCACGUCAUCGGCGAGGACGCAGCAUGCAUCGCCUACAUCCGCCUCACACAGUACAUCGACGGCCAGGGCAGACCCCGCACCAGCCAGUCUGAAGAGACCCGCGUGUGGCACCGUCGCGAUGGCAAAUGGCAGAAUGUACAUUUCCACUGCUCGGGCGCUCCAGUGGCCCCACUGCAGUGAGAGCUGCGCCUGGUUUCACCGGACAGAGUUGGUGUUUGGAGCCCAGCCGCCCUCGGGCGCACGGCCUGCCUGUCGCAUGUUUGUGUCUGCCUCGUCCCCUCCCCUGGUGCCUGUGUCUGCAGAAAAAACAAAACAAAACAAAAACAAGACCAGAUGAGAUUUGUUUUUAAAAAAAUAAGAUGAUGACAACGACAACCACAUGCAAAAAAAAAAAAAAAAAAAAAAUUGGCAUCGGAUGAAAUGGGAAAAAAAACAAACAAA